UUUAUUUUUAUCUUUAAUAUUGGUUCCUGACUAUUCAUUUAGUUAAUCAAGUAAUUGCUUUUUUUUUUUUAAGAAGAAAAAAAGUUGACUCGUAUUUCAUAAAAGCAAUGUGCAUCUGUUUUGAAAAACAAGAACAAGAUUUAUUAUGUGCCCAGCAUGCACUCAAUGCUUUGUUACAAGGCAAUUAUUUUACUGCUGUUGACUUAGCGGAAAUUGGUAAAGAGAUAGAUAAAGCAGAACAACUUGUGAGUGGUAGUUUGGGUAAGGAAAGUCAGAAUUAUGAUGAUUCUGGAUAUUUCUCAAUUCAAGUAUUGCAAAAAGCACUCGAGAUAUGGAAUUUAGAAUUAGUUCCUUGGAAAUCAAAAGAAAUGGAAGAAGUUAGAAAAAAUCCUGUUAAUCAAAGAGCUUAUGUUUGUAAUCUAAGAAAUCAUUGGUUUACACUUAGAAGGUUUAAUCAUCACUGGUAUAAUUUGGAUUCAAUGCAAGCUGCACCCACUUAUCUCGGGGAAAAUUAUUUACCCCUCAUGUUAGAUCAAAUUGAACGUGAAGGAUAUUCAGUUUUCGCUGUAAAAGGAGAAUUAGUCGAAUGUCCAGCUGAUAGAGAAGCAAAGCCAUUAUCAUCAAAGUCGAAUGAGACAAACACAACUGAGGCAUUCUCUGGACGAGGCUAUUCACUUCUAUCAUCAGGAAAUACAGAUAAUGAUUUGUUAGAUGAUGAAGAUCAAAUGUUGGCGAGGGCAAUUGAAGAAAGUAUAAAGGAUUCAACUAAUAUUGAAAAUGAUUUAGAUGAAAUUAGAAGAAAAAGACUAGCAAGAUUUGGAGGUUAAGAUUAUAAUAAAAUAAGCACAUUUAUGUGAACAAUUUAUUAAGUUUGAUGAACUAUAACAAAAAAAAAGGAGGUACUUUUUUUUU